AUGCCGAAAGCAGCUGAAAUACAUUGUUGUUUGGUCAAUGCAAUGGACCUCCACAUCUAUUACACACCAAGUGGACAUACCCUCACACUAAGAAGUAUCACCAAUGGAAUAUGGACUGAGCAAUUCAAGAAACAACCAUCCACAUCUGGUACAUCACAAUUUGGAAUAGAACCAAAAUCAAUAGUCUUACCAAUUGGACAUGGA